UACAGUCGGCCACAGUUUCAGCGCCCGCGCACACCCAGGCGAGAGUACCUAACCGCAGAGUAGAGAGGAUAUUGUGUGGAUUUAUAAAACCAAACCUACGACCCACUUGGCCAUUUAGUUUUUUUUUAGUUUUUUUUUAGAUUGAUUAAAUUUUCUUUUGCACGAAUCUAGAUUACUCAUUUCUCUCUUCUAGAAAGUAGUUUAGAUCCAAAACGUGACACUGGCGCCCUCUAACGUGGUUAAAUUCACACAAAUCCUAUUUAUUUCUCGGCUUUUGUAGUUAGUGUAUGUUUGUGGCUUAUUCUUUCUGUGCAACGUUUUUUUUGGUUUCUUUUGCUACUAAGGUGUACUAUUAGUAGAAAGUCAGUUGGUAGUUUUGUAAGGUGUUUCGUAAAUUGAGUUCUACCCACAUAUGUUUAAAUUCAGUAAUAUAUUUUUUUGUUAGUCUUAAAUUACGCUUAGUAUCACAAAUAUAGUGAAAUUAGUAUUAAUUGUUCCUAUCGAGUGGAAAGUACACAUUAGUAGCACGCUUUUCUUCUUUUUAUUUGCAACUAAUCUGUUUUUAUUUUUAUUUCUACUAAUUGGGAAAACCAAACGUUCAUCAUUCUACAACUUUUGUAACAGGUCGGAGAAUUUUUAAUAUAAGCUUAUUAGUUACUGCUUCUUACCACUUACCCUCUAAUUAAAUUUAGAUUCACGAUGCUACCUGUCAAAUAUCUUUCACUUCAAAAAUCAGAGCUCGAAUAUGAGGUUCAGAUCCGAGGUGCUACUGCCGGUUCUUCAGUGGAGGAAAUGCGUAGACAAAUUGUAAAAUUAGCCGCGGAGCACCCGGCUGAACACAUAUUAGAGUCUCCGCUGGAUGUUCGACAGGAUCUUAGGGGUUGCGUAGAAGUGCUUACAAAAAUACAAUUAAAUCUAGAUAUUUCCGAACCAAAUGUACCAACUAUUAUGAGAACGCAAAAUAUGCUAAAUCACCUUCAUAAUCGUUUAGCGAGGAUAACGUGCGGUGACGACAAAAAGGAAUAUAAGGAUAUCCUAGAGGGGCAUAAAGCUGCUUCUCAAAAGCUCGCGGCUCUUCAAGCUAAGAGGCCUACACAAAUAACGACUACUUCUUAUAAUUUAGGCGCGGGUCCCUCUAGUGAGACCCCUACGUCGGUCCCAGAGGUACAGAACUUGAUUUCGGUGACAUGCGAUCGCACUGUAGCUGACCUGAGUAAAUUAAAAUUUAAUGGCAAAACUUGCGUCCGCUCAUUUAUACAGCGCGUCGACGAAUUUAUUGUUGCACGUAACAUUGCAUCAACAAAAGUAUUAGCUUUCGCCACCGAAAUUUUUCAAGACAACGCUCUGCAUUGGUUCCGUUCGGUACGGGACAAUAUUUCUUCCUGGCCAGAACUCGCUGCUAAAUUGAAAGAGGACUUCGAUCAAUCAAAUUAUGAUUACCGACUUACGACGGAGAUUCGCUCUCGGACUCAGGGUGAACAUGAAAACAUAACUGUUUAUCUGUCAAUUAUGAGUGGUAUGUUUUCUCGCCUCUCGACACCCCCAAGCGAACCGGAGCAGCUCGAAAUCUUACUUCACAAUAUUAGGCCGUGUUACGCAAGUACACUAGCGGCAUCAUCUACCGAAAUUAGGACAAUAGAUUCUUUACGCUCAUUGUGUCGCAAUUACGAGACUUAUCAUUCUCGACACUCACUAUUUCAGGAGCCACCAAGAGUGACUUCUGACACUGUUGCACCCGAAUUUGCGUACUCUAGGGAAUCAAAUAAAAGUACAAAUAAAUUUAACAACAACACAUAUAAUAAACAAAAUUUUUCAUAUAACAGUAAUUAUAAUAAAGGGCAAUAUUCUAAAAACACCAAUUAUAACCAAAAUCAAAACCAAAACAAGUCACAACAACAAAAUUAUAUACAUUCCGUGUCUAAUACAGUUCAAAACAAUAAACAGCAACCGUAUUGCCCGAGGUGUCGUAGUAAUAAUCAUCAUAUUCGGCAAUGUACGGCUAGUAGGGACGUGUUUUGCUUUAAAUGUGGCAAGAAAGAUGUCAAAACACCAGAUUGUCCGGUUUGUAAUAAGAAGGCAGAUACAAAAAACUAGGUGAGCGGAAUUGUAGCCAUUUUGAUAAGCAAGAUUGGGACUCUUGGCUUAAGUUCAUCAAAACAUUCUCUACGUCUUAUCAAAUAUCUACAAUUCUGCAGAAUAAGCCUCUCUUUGAUUCUAGGCCUUAUGUAAAUAUUAAAAUUAACAAUGUGGAUGCUUGUGCUUUGCUAGACUCUGGUGCUGAAGUAACUGUAAUCGGUAACAAUGCCCAUAUCGAUUUAAUAGACUGCACUUUACAACAGGGUGUCCGCCCCCCUUUAACAGCAGCUGGUAAUCACCCUCUAAACUGCAUCGGGUACAUGAAUCUACCCAUCACUUUUGAAGGCCAGUUCCAUGUAAUAACUGCUUAUGUGGUCCCAGAGGACCCCACGAACAUAAUAUUAGGAGUUGACUUUUGGCGUGCAUUUAAAAUUUGUCCCAAAUACGUAGGAAGUAUAACAUUGUCUGAAAGCCCCCUUGACAAGGUAAACAUUUACAAGCCAGAAUUUUUCAUUAACUCCUAUGAAAACCUAAUCGAAUCGCAGAAAUCAAUUGCUGAUAAUGUUAUAGCUCAAUUCAAAUCCAUAUCUAUGGAAGAGAAAGGUUUAGGUAGGACGAACUUGAUCACGCACAAAAUAGAUACAGGUGACGCUCAACCUAUUAGGCAACGUUACUACAGGAUGUCGCCUGAAAAACAGCGUAUUCUAGUGGAGCAAGUGGACGAAAUGCUGUCUCUAGACGUUGUCGAACCAUGUGAGAGCGCGUGGUCUUCUCCUGUACUUAUAGUG